AUGGCGCCGGAUCAGCUCGAAAUCCUUAUCGACUCGUUGAAUUCGGAAGCGGAACACCUCAAAGAGAAGAUCAACGAGUUGUCAACAAAAGUUCGCAGUUUCCCGCUGGGAUGCGAUCGAUAUCACAGGCAGUACUGGCAAAUACCCGGUAUACCAUCGAUAUUGGUCGAAUCCGUAGAGAGUUCUGGUCUAUGGAAUCCUGCAUGCAAUGUAGAGGAGACGUGCUCAAAGGAUCCACCAGAGUUGACAGCACCGUCAUUCCUUCAUCCGGAUGUGUUCGCAUGUGUCGAAGACCUCGUUGACGAUGUGGUGACUGGUCGCCCACAUGCAGAACGACGGAAGCGAAAGCGAUUCCGGCGAAUGGACAAUUCGUACAAGCGUGGAUGGUGGGCAGUGGACACAAGAGAAAAUCUCGAAGCUGUUCGGGGCAGCCUCCAUGGCCGAGGUAUUCGUGAGCGGAUCUUGCAUCGUCUGCUGUGUAAACCGUGGUUCCUGAAGGAUGUGAAACUGGGCAGAGGUGAGCGCUUGAGGUUUUUCAACAACAUGUGA